UGCUAUAGCUUCCGCGCACGUCAUUCCCGAUCGAGCAAAGCGUAUACGCGGCCGUGUAUUGCCGCGCUUUUUGAAUUUUUUUUACUGUCAUUUAUUUUUUAUUUGUGCAUCUGUUUUGCGGCCAGCACGUCUGAAAUGAAGAUUUUUUUACUAGUAUUUGUAUUAGCCAUUGGGCUAAGUGAAGCGCGUUGGCUGCGACGCGGCAGAUCAAACCAGCCACAGGAAACCAGCUUCAUUGGAGAGGCUACAAAUCUGAUAUCGACUGCUCUUUUGCAGGACAACAUCGACAGUGAAAAUGACGUCGCAUUUUCUCCACUUGGCUAUUCGGCCAUUCUAGCCAUAUUAGCAGAAGGUGCAAGCGGGGAAACUAAAGAACAAAUAAUGACAGCGCUUCAUCUACCCAAUGAUCAAAAACUAAUACGAACAACUUACAGAUACAUUCUGCAAAGAUUAAAAUACACUAAUAAAUUCGAACAAAACAAACCAGAGCUCCAGAACUAUUUUUAUGUUUACAAAAAUUAUUCCAUCAAUAAUGAUUACAAAAAAAUAUUAGAGGAAUACUAUCUGACUGAUGUGAAAUCUGUAGAAAGACACACAGAUUACAUUCCCGAUGAUGAUGAUGAUGACAUCUAUAAAACUGAUACAAAAGUUGAAAAUGAAAAUAAUAAGGAUAUUAAAGCUACUGAACCUCAAAAAGAAAGCAAUGAUGAUGAUGAACCACAUAAAAUUAAUUUGACGAAUGUAAAUUAUAAGCCUGCUAAAAACAUAAAGGAACAGAUAAAACUGGUGAAAACAGAACCAGCCACUGACAAUUUUGAUAGCGAAGAAGAAACAAUGGUUGCAGAUGAAGCUAGAAACCAUAUAAGAAAAGAGCGAAAGCUUACUUUGGAAAAGGAUGUUUCUUCCAGCUUCGCAGUAAGUAACGUGGAUAGAAAAGAUGAUUACGAAUCAUGCCAUUCAAUAAUGCUUAUUUUUAAUGGGAUGUAUUUCCGAGGCUCUUGGAAAAAACCUUUCGACACAAUCGAGCCUGGUCUAUUCUACAAAUCUUCAACAGAAAAGAAACAAAUCCCCAUGUUGAAGACUCGUGGAAAGUUCCUGACAGGAUCGUUACCAGAGCUUGACAGUGAAUCAUUACUUAUACCGUAUGAUGGUGGAAGAUAUGCUUUGUUAAUAUUGAAGCCAAGAAGCCGAGAUGGUCUAACACGACUCGUCGCUGAUUUGCCGUCAGUUACCAUUUCAGACAUCAAAGAAAGUCUUAUUGAAGAAGAAUUACAAGUAUCAUUACCGUCUUUCUACGCGUCUACCGUUACAAAAUCUGUCCCUUCUCUGGCUAAGAUUGGUGUAAGCCGCAUUUUCGGACGUGAAGCAGAAUUAACAGGAAUGUCUGAUCAUGGAAUUUUCGUUCGGGAUCUCGUGCAGAACGUUGUUGUCAGAGUUGAUAAUGCACCUUCGGCAUCAUUAUUUAGCGCAAGCAACACAUUGGAAUCACUGAAGAACCUUCCACUGUUUGAAGAGAAAGCACCUCGUCUCUUCGCCGUGGAGCAUCCAUUCAUUUUUUACGUCAUUGACACUUUGGACAAUCUUAUAUUGAUAACUGGAAAAAUCGCUGAUCCUCGUUCAGUUUCUAGUGAAGAGAAAAGCCUUGGAUUAGCUUAACUUAUAAGCUACUACAUAAUUUCAUAUUAUGUAGUAGCUUAUAAGUUAAAGCUACGUAGUCAUCAAGUCUUGUUGUUUGUUAAUCAAACUAAUUGUUUAUCGUAAAUGCAUAUGCGUUCAUAGAUUAGUUAGGUUUAUAGUCAGAUGUACUUAAGUGUACGAAUAAUAGUUCAUAAGCCGAAUGUUAUUUUUAAACAUGACUUUAGGAUUUGCUGAGGUUGAGAUUGUGUUGUAUAACCAGAAGCAUUUGAUAUUGAAAAAAGUACACAGCUUAGUUAGUAAGGUAAAUUAUUGUUAGAAGAUAUUGUGAUAUGUUUAAGAUUAAAUUAUUAUUUAUUUUCUUA